CCUCCCACAGCUAGCAUCCGCGCCUCCACCCACCAGCAGCAGCAACGACCUGUUUCACAUCAACAAUGAGUCUGUUCGCUGAUUUCAGUGGAAAAAGAACGCGUUUUGAAAAUCCAUCUUCGGGUUUAACUCCUUGCCUGUGAAACUGAGCAUUCUCCAAGUGAAAACGCGCGCAGACAGGUGCCAGAAUAAGGAGAGGAAUCAAGCCAAACACAAAGCUGACAGAGGUGAAGUGCGGGUGUGUCUGCGAUGGCCGGUGGAAGGAGAGGGACAAAUCGUACCACAUACUGCAGACCUCCUCUAAGCAGUGAGCCAGGCUCUGUCGGCAAUGGCAGCCACACAACCAGUUCUCCAGUCACCGGGGUGCGAUCCCGUACGAGAAACGGCUCUGGAACGUGCAUGUCCAGCCCUCCUCUUGCUGCGCAGACCGUGGUUCCUCUGAAGCACUGCAAGAUCCCCGAGUUGUCAGUGGAUCGAAACGUGCUGUUUGAGCUGCACCUGUUCUUCUGCCACCUCGUUGCACUGUUUGUCCACUAUGUCAACAUCUACAAGACGGUGUGGUGGUAUCCCCCGUCACAUCCUCCCUCACACACGUCACUGAAUUUUCAUCUUAUUGAUUAUAACAUGCUGGUAUUCAUUAUCAUCAUUUUGGCAAGAAGGUUAAUUGCAGCCAUUGUUAAAGAGGCAUCACAGAGCGGGAAACUCUCGUUCCCUCACUCGAUAUUUCUAGUGAUGGCUCGGUUUGCGGUGCUGACGCUGACAGGAUGGAGCUUGUGCCGUUCCCUUAUUUACCUCUUCAGAACCUACUCAGUCCUCAGCCUGCUCUUCCUUUGCUACCCGUUUGGGAUGUAUAUCCCGUUCUUCCGGCUGAGCUGUGAUUUCCGGCGAGCAGGCUCUCUCUCCCCGAUCGCCAGCAUCGGCUCCAAAGAAGUGGGCAGCGUGAGCCGAGGCCUGACCGUGCUGAAGGAGACGUGGAAGCAGCACACCAGCCAGUUGUACGGAGUGCAGGCCAUGCCCACUCAUGCCUGCUGCCUGUCCCCAGAUCUCAUCCGGAAGGAGGUGGAGUACCUAAAGAUGGACUUCAACUGGAGGAUGAAGGAGGUGCUGGUCAGCUCUAUGCUCAGUGCUUACUACGUGGCGUUUGUCCCCGUUUGGUUUGUAAAGAGCACCCAGUAUGUAGAUAAACGGUGGUCCUGUGAGCUCUUCAUACUGGUAUCGAUCAGUACGUCAGUCAUCCUCAUGCGCCACUUGUUGCCGCCUCGAUACUGUGACCUGCUUCACAAAGCUGCAGCUCACCUCGGCUGCUGGCAGAAAGUAGACCCCUCGCUUUGCUCCAACGUCCUUCAACACAUAUGGACUGAAGAGUAUAUGUGGCCACAGGGAGUUCUGGUAAAACAUAAUAAGAAUGUCUAUAAGGCCAUGGGCCACUAUAAUGUUGCAGUUCCAUCAGAUGUGUCGCAUUAUCGCUUCUAUUUCUUCUUCAACAAGCCUUUAAGAAUAUUAAACAUACUCAUCAUCCUCGAAGGUGCCAUGAUAUUCUACCAGCUCUACUCACUGAUAUGCUCAGAAAAGUGGCAUCAGACGAUAUCGCUGGCCCUGAUUCUCUUCAGCAACUACUACGCCUUCUUCAAGCUCCUCAGAGACAGAAUCGUCCUAGGCAAGGCGUACUCGUACUCAAACAGCUCAUCAGACCAGAAAGUCAGCUAAAGCCUGAAUUCACAGUCGAAUACAAACAUGCCCGAGAGUUCUGUAUUUUUUCUACAAACUGCAUUUUGUGUCACAUUUUUGUU